AUGUGCGGUAUUCUCGCGUUAAUCCUCGCCAACACGUCGUCUACUGCGGCCGCCGUCGACCUCCACGAAGCCCUCUACCUCCUGCAACAUCGUGGCCAGGAUGCCUGUGGAAUCGCGACGUGUGCGACCGGCGGACGGAUAUACCAGUGCAAGGGCAAUGGCAUGGCGGCAAAAGUUUUCCACGAUGGUGCAAGAGUAGUUGAUCUUCCUGGUUUCAUGGGCUUGGGCCAUUUGAGAUACCCCACGGCAGGGAGCAGUGCGAAUGCCGAGGCCCAACCGUUCUAUGUGAAUAGUCCCUAUGGGAUCUGUCUGGCGCAUAACGGCAACCUGAUCAAUGCCCCCGAACUGAAGCAGCACCUGGACCUGGCGGCUCACAGACAUAUCAACACCGACAGCGACAGCGAGCUCAUGCUCAAUGUCUUUGCCGACGAACUGAACGAAACUGGGAAAGCUCGUGUCAAUGAGGAUGAUGUGUUUGCCGCCCUCAGCAGAAUGUACGAGAGGUGUAAGGGUGGCUGGGCUUGCACAGCGAUGAUUGCAGGUUACGGGCUCAUUGGGUUUCGAGAUUCAUUUGGCAUCCGCCCUCUCGUCCUGGGCUCCAGGGAAUCAGCCGAUGGUCCUGGCAAAGAUUACAUGAUGGCUUCAGAAUCAGUUGCUUUGGUCCAACUUGGCUUUGAUGUCAUACGGGACAUUCUGCCCGGCGAGGCUGUGAUUAUCCAGAAGGGGCACGAACCCCAUUUUCGACAAGUUCAGAAACGAAAAGAAUAUGCCCCUGACAUCUUUGAGUAUGUCUACUUUGCCCGCCCCGAUUCAGUGAUGGACGGAAUCAGCGUCCAUAGGAGCCGGCAACAUAUGGGUCUGCGACUUGCAGCACACGUCAAAAGGGUGCUCAGCCCUCAAGACCUAGAAGACAUUGAUGUGGUUAUACCUAUUCCCGAGACGUCUGUCACUUCAGCAUCCGUGGUGGCCAAAGCCCUGGACAAGGAAUACUGCCAAGGCUUUGUAAAGAACCGCUACGUCUUCCGCACCUUCAUCAUGCCGGAGCAGAAAGCCCGACAAAAGGGGGUGAGGCGGAAGCUGAACGCAAUGGCCAUGGAAUUCAAGGAUCGCAACGUUCUUUUAGUGGACGACAGUAUUGUUCGAGGCACUACCAGCCGGGAGAUAGUAACUAUGGCUCGAGAAGCAGGCGCAAAGAAGGUCCACUUCGCGAGCUGCGCCCCGCCAAUCACCCACGCACACAUCUACGGUAUCGACCUGGCUUCACCGUUUGAACUAGUGGCACACAACUAUCACGGGCCUGAUGAGAUUGCAAAACAUAUUGGGGCUGACAGUGUGAUUUACCAAACUCUUGACGAUUUGAAAGCAGCAUGCGUCGAUGCAGCUCGAGAAGCAAAAGCGCGCGACGCCCCAAGCAACUUCGAGGUCGGUGUAUUCUGUGGGACAUACAUCACACCCGUCGACGACGACUACUUUGAGCACUUGGAGAGAAUCAGAGGGCAAACUCGAAAGCUGAAAGUCGUGGACGAAGCCAGACGGGCGGUAGCCCAAGGAGUCGCCGGCGAACAGCAAAUCCAGUUGGCCACAAAUGGAGCUGUGGUUACGGAGAAUGGCAAGGUGGUGCCUGCAGCCAAUGGCAAUGCACACCGGCAGUCGAUUCAGACCGAUGUUACAGACUCCCAUCGUGGUUCAACGGUGUCAUUGGGUCAUGAGGAGGAAAGCCCGACUGUACGGGAUCGCAUGGAUAUUUCUUUGCACAAUCUGGGAGAUUUCCCCAGAAAUGAGUGA